AUGCCGACCAAGGCCGAGGCGCCGCGACCCGCCGAGGGCGGGAUGCCCCGGGGAGCGCCCCCGGCAGCGGACCAGGAGCUCGCCGCGGGCCCGCAGGGCAGCCCCGGGCCGCCCGCCGCCGGUGCCGACCCGCACGCCGCGGAGAAGCCCGCGCAGCCCCGGCUGCAGCGCGCCCUGUCCCUGGACGACAGGGGCUGGCGGAGGCGGCGUGUCCCCAGCAGCCGUGAGGACCUGGCCGCCCAGGACGGGGCCAGCCCGUCCCGCGGGCCCGCCUGGCCGCCGGCCCCCAGGGGCUCCCCACCCCGCCUCAGUGCUUCCUGGGGACACUGCCUCUCGGGAGUGGUGGGCGGCUCGGGGGGCAGCUCCCCCAGGCUCCCUGGCCUGCUGCCCCCACGCCCGCGGUCCACUGCGGACCUGGACGUGGCCUCCGACCGCCUGAGGUCGGCGCCCACGGUUGCCACGGACCUCGCCCAGCCCCCGCUCGCCCGGGCCCACAGCAGCCUGGGCCCCGGGCGGCCUCGGAGCCCCCUGGCCUGCGAUGACCAGUCCCUGCUGUCCGCCAGGUCCUUCAGCCUCCUGGCGCCCAUCCGCACCCAGGACGUCCGGAGCAGGAGCUACUUGGAGGGCAGCCUCCUGGCCAGUGGGGCCCUGCUGGGGGCGGACGAGCUGGCCCGCUACUUCCCGGACCGCAGCCUGGCCGUCUUCGUGGCCACCUGGAACAUGCGGGGCCAGAAGGAGCUCCCGCCCAGCCUGGACGAACUCCUGCUGCCCACGGAGGCCGACUACACCCAGGACCUGUACGUUGUCGGCGUCCAGGAGGGCUGCUCGGACAGGCGGGAGUGGGAGACGCGCCUGCAGGAGACGCUGGGCCCCCGCUACGUGCUGCUGUCCUCGGCCGCCCACGGCGUGCUGUACAUGUCCCUCUUCAUCCGCAGGGACCUCAUCUGGUUCUGCUCAGAGGUGGAGUGCUCCACGGUGACCACGCGCAUCGUGUCCCAGUUCAAGACCAAGGGCGCGCUGGGGGUGGGCUUCACCUUCUUCGGCACCUCCUUCCUCUUCAUCACCUCCCACUUCACCUCUGGCGACGGGAAGGUGGCCGAGCGGCUGCUGGACUACACCAGGACCGUGCAGGCCCUGGCCCUGCCCAGGAACGUGCCGGACACCAACCCCUACCAGUCCAGCGCCGCGGACGUCACCACCCGGUUUGACGAGGUCUUCUGGUUCGGGGACUUCAACUUCCGCCUGAGCGGGGGGCGCGUGGCCGUGGAGGCCGCCCUCAGGCGGGACCUGGAGGUGGACGUGGGGGCCCUGCUGCAGCGGGACCAGCUCACCCGCGAGAUGGAGAAAGGGUCCAUCUUCAAGGGCUUCCAGGAGCCGGACAUCCACUUCCUGCCGUCGUACAAGUUCGACAUCGGGAAGGACACCUACGACAGCAGCUCCAAGCACAGGACCCCCUCCUACACGGACCGGGUCCUGUACAAAAGCCGGCACAAGGGGGACAUCUGCCCCGUGAGGUACUCGUCCUGCACCACCAUCAAGACCUCCGACCACCGCCCCGUGUACGGCCUGUUCCGGGUGAAAGUGCGGCCCGGCCGGGACAACAUCCCGCUGGCCGCCGGCAAGUUCGACCGGGAGCUGUACCUGACGGGGAUCCGGAGGCGGGCCAACAGGGAGCUGCAGCGGCAGCAGGCCCUGAAGACACACAACUCCAGCGCCAUCUGCGCCGUGUCCUGACGCGGCCACGGCCCUGCUGUGCUGGCUGGCGGCCUCGCCAACCCGAGGGACCACUGUGAGGGCUACCCCUCUCACCCAGAGACCCCCAGACCCACGCCCCAGGGGGACACCCUUCCCCGUGCUGAGUGCGCCUGCCCUGACCGAGGCGAGCUCCCUGUGGCGCGGCCACCCCCCUGCCACACAUGGGCCCCUGCACAGCUCCCACGGGGAGGCCUGGCGGGGGCUCCACACCCAGGGCCAGCCCCUCGGGCCCCAGCACCAGGGCGCACUCUCUUGGGACUGCUCCCCGCCCCCGCCCUGAGGACCCCACAGCUCAGAAGGCCGCCCCCUCCCCUCCACAUAAGCCACAGGUGGGCCUUGGAGGGGGCCCCUCCUGGCCCGGGCACUGCUGGGAGCUCUGGGCGUCAGCCACUCCCCGGCAGCCCUGGCACCCGCCACAGCGUCCAGGUCUGUGUCCACGUCUCACUCCAUCUCCCCGGGGGGAAGUAGGCUCUGAAUGUAAGCCUGGGGACACUCAAGUCUUUUAGAUUAUUUAUUUUUCCAUAUUUAUAUUUUUAAAUAAAUGCACAUACUAAACCUUGAAUCCUGGCCAGAGGCUGC